UCAGUCUAUGAGGUGAAACAGUGAAGUCAAACAGAACCAUGAGCGAGGACAGCGUUAACAUUUCAUAACGGCCUCUCUGCGGACGGGACGGCACCUUUCCUUGUCAUGGGGUGGUUUGGGAAACUCAAUGAACGCGUAGUGAGAGUUCCCCUGCUGACACCAUAACCAACACGCACGCACCACCUGAGCCUCGCGCUCAGACCCCGGUGCAAUUUUUGGAAACUCUCUUUAAAAAACGUGAGAGAUAAACGCCACGUGAAGAAGAAAAAAACAAACAACAUGGACGACGAGUUCGCUCUGGUGCCAUCUGCAGGACGCUGUGUGGUAUUACACGCAGGCUGCAUUAUUUUUUACUGUUGGGUCCCAUUUGCAAAAAUAUGCAUUUUACUGGCAGAGAUAGGCACACCUGAGAGACGCCGUAGAGCCUGCGGGGAAGGAAGCCGCAGAACGGCGACCCCUGCCGGCAGAGCUGCGCAACAACACCGAGCCCUGCAGCACCAGGAGGGGACAGCGUGGGUGGGCUCUCUGUCAGCUGCAGGUCAUGUCCCACCUGGCUCUGGGAUGACAACAAAAAUCAUUCAUUUUAUGGUCAACGGGAGGCUGGAGCAAGCAGAGUUUGGAGCCGACUGCUCUGCUGCAGAUGUCAAAGAUCUGUUCCGGGCGGCGGCGGAGGCGGGGCCUCACCACAUCCUGAAGAUGUAUAAAACAAACGGCAGCGUGGUGAACAUCUCCCCCCGGCUGGAAGCCAACAGCGAGGACUCGUACUACCGACUGGAGGUGGUGGCGUCAGAUCUCCACAGUGUGGGGAUGCCAACAGAGCUGGACAACAUGGAAUACAGGCUGCAUCAUCUGGAGAGCAAAGUCAUUGAAGACGUGGGAAAGACUCCGGACAUCAUCUGUGAGCUGAAGAGCCAAGUGGAGUCUUUUAAGAGGAAGCUGGAGAGUGUGGUGCACCUGAGCUGGAUGGGUCUAUUCAAGGACGACAGGGACCAGCAGUUCUCCCCGAAGUUCUCCCCGAAACCCAAAAAGCCUCAGCUGAGCGUGCAGGAGGAGCGCCAACAAGUCCGCAGGAAGUUCCUCAGCAUGAGCUCGCUGCAGGUGACAGACGAAGUGAGAGAGCAUCUGAAAACUCCCAUUUUUGACAACUGGCAGUGGGAGGAGGCGGAGAUGCUGGUGCUCCUCAAGGUGAUGUUCACCGACCUGGACUUCCUGACGGCGUUCCACAUCGAGCUGUACGUCCUGCAGAACUUCCUGUUUGAAGUCUACUGCCACUACAACAGCAUCCCCUUCCACAACUUCCAGCACUGCUUCUGCGUCACUCAGAUGAUGUACGGGCUGAUUUGGCUGACGGACCUCAGGAGUAAAUUAUCAAGGAUCGACCUGUUCAUCAUGUUGACCUCGGCUCUGUGCCACGACCUCGACCACCCCGGCUACAACAACGUCUACCAGAUCAAUGCUCAGACCGACUUAGCUCUUCGCUACAACGACAUUUCACCCCUGGAAAAUCACCACUGUGCCGUCGCCUUCGGCAUCCUGUCCAAGCCAGAGUGCAACAUCCUAAAAAACCUGACCUGCGAGCAGUACAAACAGAUCCGAUCAGGAAUGAUCAAAUGUAUUCUGGCCACCGACAUGGCGAGACACAACGAAAUUCUCAACAAGUUCAGAAUCAUGCAGCCGGUGUUCAACUUCACCAACAAGGACCACAAGGAAGUGCUGAUGAAGAUCAUGGUGAAGGUGAGCGACAUCUCCAACGAGGCCAGGCCGAUGGCCGUGGCCGAGCCCUGGCUGGACUGUCUGCUGCAGGAGUUCUUCAACCAGAGUGACACAGAGAAACUCAAAGGGCUUCCAGUGGCUCCUUUCAUGGACCGAGACAAAGUGUCCAAACCGUCCUCUCAGACCAACUUCAUCCGAUAUGUUCUCCUGCCGCUCUUCACCGAGCUCACCAAGCUGUUCCCCUGCCUGGAGCAACAUAUUCUGGAGCCGGUCCGGCGAGCCCUGGAGUAUUACUCUGACAUGGAGAGAGCCAGCAAGGAGGAGGAGGGGACGACCAAAGCAUGAGGAGGAGGAGGAAGAGCAGGUGGCGUCUAAACCUCAGUGUAGUCUAAAAAUGUGUUCAAUCCAUGCAUGUGUUAGCUGACAGAGCAUUAUAUUCAGCAGCAGUGUGUUAGAGGAAGUUAUUGCAUCUGAAAAACUGUCAUUAGAAAUGUUGUAAUCGGUCCAGUUUCCCAGAUUGUAUUCAGCUUUUAGUGUAGUUAUGUGGAAUAUUUCUGCAACUUAAAUGUUUGUUGAUAUAUAAGUUGAGAUUUGGCUUUUUGACAGUGAUGAGACUCAGUACCAUUAAAGAAGAGAAUAUGAUGUUUGUGUAUUUUAGCAGGAACAUGAAUGACCUAAUUUGUUGUUUAGUUGAUCUGGACUGAUCGCCUUGUAACCCAAAGUCAUGAGGUGAAACAGCUCCAUCUGGUGGACAAUUUAAAUGUUUACAUGUUCUGUAAACGAGUGGGAUGAUGUUAAAGUCUUUAUAUUUCUUACUGUCAUUAAAUCCCAUGUGUCCAACCCUGAACGGA